CCGUACUGAACCGAAGCUUGCCCGCUUGGCGCUUGCCUUUCGGUCGAACGCUUCGGCCAGAGGUGGAGGAGCAUCGGCGUUGGGAAGGAGAAGAAAAUUUUUACGAAGAAGGAGCGAAGGUGACACUCGUCUUCCCCCGACCCCCACGUUUUCCCCUUGUCUACCUGUCCGUCUACCCGUGCUUAUUUUCCUCUAAGUCCCGUAAAUCCGCCUUACAACUGGAUUUAUUAAAAUCGGGAUUUAAGGUAAAACGGAGGAGAAAUGGGAUUUGAGAUUCUGUAGGAUUGUAAGUUGUCAUUUUUGCUUUUUGGAAGGAUUUAGAUUGAGUCCUUCUUAAAUUCUAUUCAAAUCCCUGCUACUAAACAGCUGCGGAAAGUUUGUGCUCUAUAAGUAUUUGAAUUGGAAAUUUCGGAAGAAGGCAGAAAAAGAAUUGCUCUUCUCUGGUGCUCCAAUCCGGAUAAGGCUUUAAAUUUGGCAAGCCGUGAAUCAAAUGAGCAUUACAUGCAUGGAGAGCUGUUUUUCAACCUUCGUCGAGUGAGUUACAGCACAACUGUUCUCGCAGUGGGAGGUUAAAUGACGUUCAUGCGCUCAAUACUCCGUUCCAGGAAGCAAAUCCAGACUGUAAUUGCUGGUAUGCCAUCUGAUAUCCUAAGAUCGAGAAUCAUGGAGCGAGAGAGGUUUCGACAGAGGCGUAGAAAUCCUAGUCGUGAUGAGUUUUUCGUGCAAGUGCCUGAAGGGUCCAGGUGGCUCGACACUGCAACCAUGCCAAUGGUCCUCACUGCAGUUGCAAUUGCCCUCUUUGCCAAAGUCCUGAUGAUGUAUGAUGAAACCAAAGCCCAAGAAACGUUAGAGCGUAAAAUAGCAAGGGCUCCUCCUGAACAGGGAACGGUCAGGAUGCUUUCACGUGAGGAGUGGGAUGAAAUCCAGGAAAUCAGACCAAGGACCCCGUUUGAGUCUGAGCUCGCUCGCCCUAAUGCACGCAUUAGAACCGGAGAGCCAAUUCGCUUGGAGGAUUUGAAGGACUGGACCAGCGAUGUAUUCGCUCAUGCUCUUACCAGAGCUGAAGGAAUUGUAAAGCGGAGUUAAUAUAACAAAUAUCCAUAUUUGUCUCUUAAGGUUCUGGAAGUUUAGUUGCUUUAGAAAGUGAAGGAUUUUAUUUUCAGUCAUUUUGGGCAUGAAAUUAAAAAUUCGAAUUUCAAGCGAUUUGUUAGUUUGAACUUUGUAUGUAAUUUUAUUGUUUUUUAAUAAAGUAUGAUUUCUAAGUUGAUAAAUGUAUUUGCUGAUGAUCUUACCA